CAACUGCUGAAGGACCCGCAGGUGCUGUUUGCUGGAUAUAAGGUUCCUCAUCCUCUGGAGCACAAGAUCGUGAUCCGUGUUCAGACGACACCAGACUACAGUCCCCAGGAAGCAUUCACUAAUGCCAUCACUGAUCUGAUCAGUGAACUGUCCCUUCUGGAGGAGCGAUUCAGGGUUGCCAUCAAAGACAAACAAGAGGGAAUAGAAUGAAGACCAUCACACUCCAUUGGAACACAACAACUGAUACACAAUGGACUGAACUGUAAAUCUUGAGUUUCUAUAAUGAACUCGGUUUCUAUAAUGGACUACAAUAUUCCUAUUUAUUUAUUUUCUUGAAAUCUUAUGAGGUCAGUUGACAAGCUCUCAUAAUGAAUAAUAAGAGCUCUUUACCAGCUUCUAACAACAUUGAGGUUAAGAUCUGUGGAGUUCCUCCUCCAAUAUUGAAGCAUGUUGGUAUAAUGAAUGAUCAAAUCUGAACAUUCCUUGAAAAUACUUCAUUGCACACCAAAUUUGUGUACAAGGAAAUCAUUUUCUCUUCAUUGUCCCACUCCAUUUGUGAUGUAGUUCAUUUUUUGUUAUUAUAAUAAAUUGACUUUUUUAAAUGAAAUACAAUAACUGGCAUUUAUUUGGAUCUCAACAUUGUGGCUUUUAUUGUUUCAUGGAUUUGUUAAACUCGUAGCUUUCAAUGUGGGAACUAUUUGGGACCUUCAGUUGUUUCGAAGGGGACGCAUUAAAAUGAUGCACAAAUGAGACUUGAUGGCUACUGGAGAGAUGCAGAAUAUCAACUGUGGUUGUAAAGGAAUAAGAACAUGCCUAAGAUGCGAGGCAGAGGAGUCUAAACAACAUUUCCUACAGAAGAACGAGCUGAUACAUUAUGAUUUCACCUAUGAUCCAGUAUCAAAGUCAGCAGUCCAAGAGGAGGAAAGCGGCACUCAACAGUCCUUUGCGUUUCCAGGAAUAUUUUUGUGGGAGAAUUUUGUGUCAGAAUAUGAAGAGAAUGAGCUGAUUGCUAGAAUGGAUCAAGAUGUCUGGAGAGAAUCUCAGUCAGGCCGUCGAAAACAGGACUUUGGGCCAAAGGUAAAUUUCAAGAAACAUCGUGUCCGUGUGGGAAACUUUACUGGCCUGCCUGCUAUCAGUCGUCAGCUGGUGGACAGGAUGUCAAAGGCACCUCAGUUGGCCUCCUUCAAACCAGUAGAGCAAUGCAACCUAGACUAUGAUCGCCUCAGAGGCUCUGCGAUUGACCCUCAUUUAGAUGAUAGCUGGCUGUGGGGAGAGCACCUGGUCACCAUUAACCUGCUCUCAGACACUGUCCUCACGAUGAGUUUAGAUCAAGGCUGGGGAGACAUGGGCGAUGGAGAAGUGCGAGUGGCUGUGCCUUUACCACGCAGAUCAUUGAUUGUACUCUAUGGAGAAGCACGUCAUCGGUGGAAACAUGCCAUCCACAGGAAAGACAUACAGGGGCGCAGAGUGUGCAGCACCUUCCGGGAGCUGUCUGAGGAGUUUCUACAGGGAGGGGAGCAGGAGAAACUGGGCUCAGAGUUGUUAGAUAUAGCACUGAGCUUUAAAGAGCCACAUGCAGGGCUCUAUCUACCUGUGGAGCUGGAGUGCCACACAGGCAGAAAGAAAGAGGUGCCAGCUGUUGUGCUAGCAGAGCUGCAGUGGUCCAGCAUUGACAUCCCAUACCUGUUUCUAGGCACCUGUCCAAGUAUUCAUGAUAUUUAAAUGAAAUAUGGGAGA